AUGCGACAUGCAGCACGCAACAAAACAUCGCCUCCCUUCACCGCUAACAAAAUGCUCCGUUUGUUGGAAAAAGCUUAUGGUCAGGUGACCGCUGAAAACUGGGCGAAUGUUGUUCGACACGUGAAAGAAGAAGUGUUGUCAGACAGUAUGCGCGAUGUGCAUUUCUACAAUUUCGUUGAAAACGAAUUAAUUAUUCAAGUUGGAGAUGAUGACACAAGUUCCAAUGACGACUCCGACGAUGAAAAUCUUGGCUGUGCUUAUCUUCCCGAUUAA